AGAGACUCAUAGCCGUGAGUAAAAUUGCGCGACAAACGAUGCGGCGAGCGUCGCGCAGCCAACUGUUGGUCACUUUCCGACUAAAGUUAUGCGCAAACAUUUCACGACCAAUUUUCAUUAUGUUGAUUGUAAUUUUAUUACUGAAGAUAAUGGUUCUAGCUUGGAUGUACCCUAUAUUUACAAUGCCAUUAUUUUUCGAAGAAAACGUUAUGUGCGUAGCAAAUUUAAUUAAUUCGUUCUUACUCGUACUAUUAAUUUACUAUACACUACCCACGCCCACGCAUCAGGCUAUAGAAUUAAUCCAGCUAAUCGUUUAUGUACAUUGUUGAACACACUACUUCGUUGAUAACUAAUAUCACCAAUGUAUUAGAUAAACAUUGACCAGCACUGGUGUCAUGAGCUCAGUCGACUGUACCACCUUGCACGGGACUUGUGAAAAAUCUAGAAGUUUUAUAGGAUAAAAACGUUGUUACUUACAAGAGUGAAAAUAAAACAAAUAUAAUACAAUGAAUGACUCCGUCGAUAAUGUUACAGAAGAUUGGCACGAAUAUGUGACGUUGGCGCUUACUGAGGUGCCGUAUAGUUCCCAAGUGAUAUUCUCAGUAGCACUAUUCUUCAUUUUCGUCGCAAGCCUAGUUGGUAACGUGCUCACUUGCAUCGUGAUCUACUACGACAAGACCAUGCACACCGUCACCAACUGCUACCUGUUCAACCUGGCCGUGUCAGAUCUACUUGUCACGUUUCCCAUUUUAAUCAUCAUCUAUCAGCUUCUGACACAAAAGCAUGAGCUGUUCCAGUACAAUAAUGGAGUGUUUUCAUGUAAUUUCGUGAUGUGCAUACACUUUUUGAUCAUCGGUGUGCUUUGGAACAACAGCAUUUUGGUGAUGACGGCUCUAUCGAUAGAAAGGUACAUAGCGGUGUGCUAUCCAAUGACUUUGAAGCGCACGGGUGUGUGGCAAAGGGUUGGCAAGAUUCUUGGGAUAAUCUGGACGAUAGCGGUCCUGGAGACGGUGCCAGAGUUUUGGAUGCUUGAGAUAUUUAACAGUGGGAAUACGUUAAUAUGCUUUUCCUUGCCGUCUUGGUUUGGCAGGGUCGUAAUAGCAGUGAGUGCUGUCCUCACGUUCAUAGUACCGCUGGCUAUAAUGAUAUUCGUGUAUUCUAGAAUAGCGGUUAGAGUAAACCAUAAUAACGUGGGACAUUUUGAUGGUGCUGUGUUCAAUAGUGGAUUCAAGAAGAAGAAAGUGAAUAAACUUAUACUGACGCUGACACUAUCCUUUAUAAUCUGCUGGCUGCCAUGUUUCCUGCUCAAAGCGUUGAUGUUUGCAGUUCACUACAAAAAAUUCGCUCACCUACAUCAGUGGUGGUCGACAGUGAACAAGAUAGCUAUGUUCAAUAGUUGGCUCCCGACGGUAUUGAACCCGCUGCUUUUCAGCGCCAUGUCCACUAAGUUCAGGAAAUCAUUUAAGAGGCUUUGCGAAAGAAAACUUAGGAAACGAAAUCUAAGAAGCGAAAAGUGUGAAGCGAGUAGCAGUGAGCGUGAAAAGUCAACAAAAUAUUAUCAAGUUGAGUAAACAUUUAACAAUUUGGAAUCUCAAACAAUGAACCGACAAGUAGAUGUAACGUAGUGUACAGUCAUCCAAGGUAUUUGGUCUCAGGUAAGAAAAUAGAGAUUGAUUCAGUACAAAGCUAGCGGUUGUAACUAUUGUUAAACUAACCACCGUACUCAGAGUCAUUUAAUGGUUACUUAACCCCGUCCUUAGCAGUU